AUGCACGCAUCGAGUAGUCAUGCUUCGCAGCGCCAUUCUUCAACUGCAGCUUCUUCUUUACGACCUCUGUAUCAGCACGACUGGUUAUUACCAUGUUCCUUCAACAGUGGACGCACCAUGUCAGGCAAAGCAGCGAGACGAGCAGCAGCGCUUAUGGAUGACAAUGAGAACCCAUCGAGUGUUGUGCUUACAGCAGCAUUAGAACAAUCGGCAUCAUCGACAGCGAGUACACUUAUCAAUGUCAUGUUCCAUGCGUUACGGCGAGUCAACAAUCCGAUGCUGGCAUGGGAAUGUUACAAUGAUUUGAAAGCACGUGACAUGCUUCAUUAUCUGGGACGCGAUCAGUACAAGGAUCUUCUUCGAUUAUAUCCUCACCAGCUGAAUCAUACCCAAGGUCUCAAUUAUUUCCUGGAGAUUGCGCAUGACAUGGAGACCAUCGGCUAUGCGUUGGGAAGGAAAGAGAAGCUGCUAUUGAUGCGAUUGCUUGGAAUGAAUGGCAAAUUGGAGGAGAUGGAACAAGUAUUUGAUGAUCUCAAGGAAGGCAAGAUCCUCAUUGUCGAUGGUGAUACCCAAAAGCCCUUCAACAUUGUCUUGAACAUGUAUCAACAACAUAAACAGAGUGUCGGUGCGGAGCGAGUAGCAACAAAGUCCAUGGAGGUGUAUGAUGAAAUGAUCGCUUUGGGUGUCCCUCCAUCGAAUGCAACGACACGAUUACUGGUGGAGAACAUACGCGCUUGGGGCCAAUCAUAUGAUUCCGUGGAAACAGUCUGGAACUGGUUCUGGGGAAAAUUGGGAAUGAAUGUUGGUGGCAAGACAGUGGAAUUGGAUCCUUCAUUGUAUCGAGAAAUGGUGCUUUACUUUUCCAGUGCGGGUCGUGCAGAGUAUGCAUUGGAAGUCAAUGAUAUGAUGGUCAAGAAGGGGAUGAAACGAGACGUCAAGAUGAUCACAGCCCUUAUUCACAAGGUUGGAAGAAGUGGAAACAUCGGGCGGUCACUUGAGCUAUUGGAUGAGAUGGUCAAGGACGAGAAGCUUGUUCCCAAUUUGGUGACAUUCAAUGCGUUGAUCGAUAUUCAUGCACACAAGCUUCCUGAACCUGAUUUACAAGGCGCCAGUCGAAUGUAUGAGCUCUUGCAGGAAUUUGGAUUGCAACCCGAUAUCACCACCCUCGGCCCUCUCAUUGACAUGUUCGCCAAGCAUGGUGACCUCGACAUGGUUCGCCAUCUUUAUCACGACAUGGUUUACGAGCAUCACAUCGCACCCAAUCAACACAUCCACUCAUCGCUUAUCGAAUGCUUCAUCAACAACAACGACGCUAAAUCAGCUUUGGAUGUCUUACGUGUGAUGAGAGAUAAGCGAAAGCCGGCACCCAAUGAAGAAGUCUACAACUUGCUCAUUCGAUCUUUUGUACGAAGAAACGAACCAGCCAAAGCAUUCCGUUUGAUCGAUCUCAUGAUUCAAGCGGAUAUCCAGCCUAGUGCUCAGACUUUUAUGCCUAUAUUGGGUCGACUUGCUGAUGAAGGGGAUGUUACGAGUGUGGAAAAGAUGAUCGAUUCGAUGACAGAAAUCGGCCUCCCAUGGGAUAUUGCAGCUGAAACAGCUCGUUUGGAAGCAUAUGCGAAGGCUGGUGAUAUUGAAGGUGCACAAAAGGUGUUUAAGCAUCUGAAAACGAAGCGACGACCCAACAUCCGGACAUUCAAUGCGUUAUUGUAUGGGUACACGGGGAUGAAUGAGAUGGAGCUUGUGUUGGACACGUACAAGCAAAUGAUGAAGACCUACAUCAAGAUGAAUGAAUAUACCUAUUCUCUUCUCAUUCGCUAUUUUGCACAGCGUAAGGAGAUGAAUGCUGUGGAAUCGUUAUUGGAUACAAUGCGCAACAACCAAGUGACACCCGAUGCGGCAUGUUGGACAUCAGUGAUGCAAGGUUAUUUCCAUAGCGACCGUUACAAUGAAGGUGUACGUGUAUUGGAGCGAAUGUUGGAAGAGAAUACAAGGCCCAACUUUCAUACAUUGAGCGUCUUGAUGGCUGGUAGCUCUGAAGCAGGCAAUUUGACGUUGGCUGAAAGGGUGCUUGAUCAAGGCCUUGAGCGAAUUCAACCCACCCCAUCAUCCACAUCCAGCAGCAGCAGUGACACGUCUCCAGUUUUAGCGGAUGUCAACAAACGAGCCUUGUCAACCGAAUUGUACAGCGAUGGACUUCCACUUACGAUUGAUGAUUUGCUUAAACGAAAAGCACAGCGUUCGGUACAGAUACCCCCGCCUCAUCUCUUUACACCACUCAUCGAUGCUUAUGCCGACAAUGACAACUAUACCAAAGCCAAAGCUUUAGUACGUACCAUGUUGCAGCUUGGUGUUUCGGUGAGCGAGACGGCUUACGUAUCGAUUAUGACGCUGUAUCAGAAGCAAGGUGCAUACGACGUUGUGGAAAAGUUAUGGGAACAUUGGCACCAGCGAUCAGCAGAAGCCUUGGAUAUGAGCAGUGUGGAUCCUGAUAUGAAGGAGAUUUCCCUCCCAUUGCCUGAAAUCGAAUACAAAACGACCGAGUUACUCCAUAUGCACGGUGACAGCAAUAACCGAUUUGUGCAGCUAUUGGCAGCGGCUCCUCCAACACCUUCCGCCUCUCCUUUUGCAUUAUCAGUUUACCUUGACACUCUCGCAUCUCAACAACGCAUCGAUGAUGUUCAGCGAUUAUGGACAGAGUUGACGGAGCAAUCCUAUUCAUUUGACGAGCACAAUUGGAAUCGUUACAUUGUUGCUCUGGCCGAAGCGGGUCUUGGUGAUCAAGCAUGCAAUGCUGCAGUGGAAUACCUGGGACAUGAACCAAGGAGGAUAGAGCGCCCGUGGGAUGAUUUUGAAGCAUUAGAGAAACGCAAUCAUUUACAUACACGCACCGUGCACGCAUUAGCAACAGCAUUAGACAUGGUUGUGGAUGGACACUCGACGUAUCAACUCCAAGUAGCUGUCUAUGACCAUUUGAACAUUGAUCAUACAUCCUUAGAAAAAGAUUAA